UCCCUGGGGAGAACAGGUUUCUAGGCCAGACAAAGGAGUGAAAUGGAAGCCCAGAGUGCUCACUAGAGGUGGCCUGGGGACCUUCCCACUCCAGCUCUUGAAGGCUGAGUAGAGAUACAGGGCGGGGCCCCGAAGAAAACAUGGCUAGUAUGACUACAAUCAUAGGAUGCACAGGUGUGGGUCCUGGACUCAAGAAUUUGAGUGGAAAACUUUUUCGGCAGCUAUUCUAAGAGCUGAACAACCACCAGUAUUCCUAAGUGCAGGAAAAUGGACUCUCCAAAGAGCUGUCUUCCUUAACGUUGGCCAAUAUGGGUCAAGACAAGGGGCUGAGGUGGCACAAGCCUGCCCCAACCUCAGAAUCACUGGGAUCCGGUUUACCUGCUCGGCACUGUGCCAGCUGGGGAGAAUGGUGCAUCUUUCAUGAAGUCACCAGAUCCCUGGGACAGGCUCUUGGUUCCUCCAAGUUUCUGGAGCCAGAUCCACUGGUGCCCACUAAGCUACCACCUUCUGUGUUUGGGUGCCAGGCCCCUCUCCCCCACAGCCAUGAACCAAGCUUUCUGGAAAGCUUACAAGUCCAAAGUGCUACAGACUCUGGGUGGAGAAUCUGAAGAGGACCUGGCGGAGGAGAGGGAGAACCCAGCAUUAGUGGAGUCUGAGGCGGCAGAACCCCCGGAGGAGGCCUUCAACCCCAUGUCACAGCUGGCCCGAAGGGUCCAGGGGGUUGGGGUGAAGGGCUGGCUGACAAUGUCAUCUCUGUUUAACAAAGAAGAUGAAGACAAGCUGCUGCCACCGGAGCCCUGCGCUGAUCACCCGCUGGCGGCGCCUCCCCCGUCGCAGGCGGCCGCGGCCGAGUCGGAGCCGCGCGGGCCGGGAUUCUGGGACGCGUUCGCCAGCAGAUGGCAGCAGCAACAGCAGGCGGCGGCGUCCAUGCUGCGCGGCGUGGAGACCCCCGCGGAGCGGGACCCCGAGCCCGGGGACAAGCCGGCCGAGGAGGCCGCGGAGUGCCCCGAGACCCGGGAGGUGGACCCCGCGGCAGGCUUCAAGUGGGGUUUCCUCACCCACAAACUGGCAGAGAUGAGGGUGAAGACCGCGCCCAAGGGCGACUAG